AUGUUUGACAAAAAAUUGUUAAAUGCUUUUCCUCAAAUAUCACAUACAAAUUUAAUAAAUAUAUUGAAAGAUUUGCCUGGACCUAAGGAUUUAGUUGUUGAACAUUUACUUUUCAAACCACUUGAGAUUUUCAUUGAUAUGAAAAGCUUAAGACUUUAUGGUGUUGAUAAAGUUUAUAAAUUACAAGAAUCAAUCAACCCAAUUACCAAUCAGCAGUGCAUCUUUUUGGUUUCAUCUAAUUUAGCAGCAACAAAAAUUAUUUGUGAUCUCAUCAACUCUUGCUUAAGUAUUUCAAGCUUAGCUAAAGAUAUUAUAAAAGUCAUUCUUGUUCCCAGGUCAUUAAUUGCUAUUGAAAAACAAUUUGAGGAAGAAGGUGUAUUUGGUUAUGUCGAAAUAUUUGAAUUCCAGUGGGAUUUCCUUCAUUUAGGAGAUUCAUUACUGUCAUUGGAGUUGAUAGAUUUCUACAAAAAUGUAUUUGUUAAUGAAAAUCAAUCAUUGCUAUUACCUGUUGCUAAAGCCUUAUGGACUGCUUUUAUGGUUUUAGGGUUUCCUAAAACUGUUUGUAUAAAUGGAAAGUUUUCUACUGCUGUCUAUAAAUUAUUAAAUAGAUAUUUUAAAGAAAAAGGAAAGCCAAAGAUCAAUAAUGAAUCUUGUUUUUGUAUUUUAGAUAGAGAUUUUGAUUAUGCAAGUGUUCUGUUAACUCCUUGUACAUAUGCUAGUCUAUUAGAUCAAGUAGUUGGUAUUCAAAAUGGUAUUGUAGAAAUAAAAAAAAAUGAUGGAACUAUAUCAAUAAAGAAUUUGUGUAACCCUGAUGAAACUUAUGAAUAUGUCAAAUAUAAACAGUUUGGUGAUGUAUUAAAUUAUUGGAAAUCAAAAUCUAAAGAAUUACAAGAUAAAUUAGAAAAAAGCAAAAAAUUACAGUUAGAUGAAAUGAAACAGUAUGUCACUCAAGAAUUACAAAAUGUCUUAAUAGCAAAGAAAAAUCUUACCUUUCAUAUAGACGCAUCGGAAUUAGUCUCAAAAGUAAUAGGUGAUACAUUUAUAGAUUACAUAACAAUUGAAAAAAACAUGUUAGAAAACAGAAAUCGUAAAGAAAAUUUAAACAGUAUUGAAGAUUUAAUGGCCUUUGGAAAAGGUAGUGCUAGUAAUGUAUUACAACUAAUAUGUUUAUUUUCAUUAACACAAGAUGGGUUCACAUCAAUAGAAUUAAAUAACAUAAAAAUAAAAUUUUUGCAUCAAUUUGGAUUUCAGUAUUUUGAAACAUUUCAUGUUUUAGAAAAAUCAAAUUUAAUAAUAAAACAAGAUAAUAAUUCAAUUUUACAUAGUAAUUUAAAUAAAAUUAUUUCAAUUAAUAAAACUAAGCAAAUGAUGCAAAACAUGAUGCAAAAAUUAAGAAUUGCAGAUGAUAGUGAACAUUGUAUGAGUGCUGCAUUUGGAGGGUCUUAUGUGCCUGCUAUAGGGAAAUUAAUUGAAAUUAUAUGUAAAGAAGAAAUGCCCGAAGAAGAAAUAAUUAAAUUGCUAUCAAAUUAUUCAUUCCAAGUUAAUGAUUUUAAGACUGGCAUAAAAUCUGUAUAUGUGAUGGUGAUUGGAGGUAUAACGUAUGCUGAACAAGCUGCGCUUCAUUUUUUAGAAAAAUCAAUGAAUAUAAAAAUAUUUAUUUUCAGUACAAAUAUAAUAAAUGGAAAUAUAUUAAUAAAUUCUUGUUUAUAG